AUGAACCCGCGGGCGAGCAGGCUCCUCCUGCAGGGGUCGCUCUUCUGCGCCUGCGCGGUGUUCCUCGCCUGGAAGGGCAGGCACUCCCCCCUCUUGGGAAAAGUGACAAACAUUUUAAGAAGAAUCCUCGGCUUGAAGAGUGAAAGAUCCAUUGAGGAAAACGACCAAAUUAGGGACAACGUGAAGAUAUACUUUGGCAGCCAAGGAGGAACGGCGGAGCAGUUUUCCAAAGAACUGAGCACAAAUCUAAGGGACAUUUUCAAAAUAAAAGCAGAGGUAAUCGAUUUGGAAUAUUUCAAAAAGGAAGAGAUAUCAAAAUUUGGGGUGCGGAUAUUCAUCGUGGCGACUUAUGGAGAUGGAGAGCCUACAGACAAUGCAUGUGCCUUUUUUAAGUGGCUCAAAAGUCUGAGCGAUGACAAUGGGUAUUUUAGGAACACCUUAUAUUCCAUCAUGGGAUUAGGAAGCAAACAGUAUAAGCACUUUAACAAAGUUGCGAAAAAGCUAGCCAAUUAUCUAGCCAAAUUUAAGGCAAGACAGAUUAGCGAAAAUGUAUUUGGGGAUGAUGAUGACAAUAUAUAUCAGGACUUUGAAAUUUGGAAAAAGAAAUUUUUUAAGGAACUGGUCAAACUGCUCCAUUUGAAGGAGGACAUCAUUCCGGUGCACAUUGUCGCGGAAAAUGCGGUCGAGUUGGUGGACUGGACGGCCCUUCCGGAGGUAAAUCUGGGCAUUCAGUACGGGGAAGAAGUAGUAGCGGUGGGAGGGGCCGCUAACGGGGAGGCCGCUAAGGGAGAGGCCGCUGACGGAGCGGUGGGAGGGGCCCCCCCCGGUGAAAACGAGCCAACGAUUUUGCCCCACCAAACGACGGACAUAACGGGCAAGUUCUUCUUCAACCACCACAGGGGAAGGGUCAUAUCGAAUGAGAACCUCCUGAAAAAUGUGAACGACAGUGCUGACGAUGAUAAGGUCAAUCGUAUAGUCAUCGCCGUGGAGAAGGUCUCCUUCAAAGCAGCUGACACGUUUGUUGUGUUAGCGAAAAACCCGAGGCGAGUCACCUCCUGGUGGUUGAAGCGGUUAGGCUUAGACGAUACAGACGGGAAAAAGAGAUUCACCUUUGUGCCUAGGAACGUAAUGGAGAAGCCCCCCACAGGAUCUCCCCAGAGUAGUUCCAAUUUGAAUGCCUUACCAAGCAGUCGUCCGCAGGACCCCCCCCCUGUGUGUGUCCCCUUCCCCACGCCAUGCAGCGUGGAAGACGCCCUGGCAUACUACUGCGACUUGACGACCAUACCGAGGGUGAACAUCUUGAAGAAGUUCAAGUGCUUCAUUAAAGAUGUGGAGGAACGCAAAAUGUUUAAUCAUAUCCUUUCCAAUAAGCAGAGAAGUACCUUUUUCAACAUUUGCAAAGAGGCAGAUAUGACCUUCAUCGAAUUUGUAGACAUAUUCAUGGCUAAAGCUGAGUUCGAGUUAACCCCAUUUUUGCAACUAAUUCCGAGGAAUGUUCCCAAAAGUUACACCAUUUCUUCAUCCCCUAAGGAAGCGGAAGACACCAUCUCUUUAACCGUUAAGAAGAAACAGUACCCUAUUCAUUCUCUUAGAAAGGCUCUGAAAGGGUUUAAAAGUAACGAUAUGCUUCCCCCCAUAAGUGAGCAGAAGUUACGAGAACUUUGCAGCAGGCGAUGGUUUAAAGGUGCAUCCUCCUUCUACCUAACGGAGGAAUUAUCCCCAAAUGAUAGCGUAAAAUUUAAUUUGAAAUCUUCCAAAUUUUGUUUUCCCCCCUAUUUGGAGUCGACCAACAUUAUCAUGAUCGCCACUGGGACGGGAAUUGCCCCCUUCAAAGCGUUCAUAACGGAAUUUAAGCAUUUCGACCAAAUGUGUGUGCAGAAUGGAAUAGCCAAGAGGGCCAAGCGAAUCCUCUUCUUCGGAUGCAGAAAGAGAGAAAUAGACUUCCUCUACGAAAGGGAAAUUGCGGAUGCUGAGCAAGGGAAGCAUAUCGAUCAAGUGUUUCUCGCUUUCUCAAGAGAUCAACAUGAAAAGGUUUAUGUGCAGGAUUUAAUUCUGGAGAGGAAGGACCUUGUCUGGAGUUUGAUUCAAAAGGGGGCCUACGUCUACGUUUGUGGCAACAGCAACAUGAGCAGGGAUGUGAACAAAACGAUUAACAGCUUGCCCAUGCAUUACAAACAAAACAAUAAGAAAUUUACCAAAAAGUUGAAGAAGGAGGGCCGCUAUGUGGAAGAAAUGUGGUGA